AUGGAACAACCAGUGGUUAUGGGUGUCAUGCCUGAGGUCGUUCCAGAACAAGCAUUUUCUUCUAGUACAAUAAAUGCAUCGAAACCUGAUGACUGUUACUCUACAAAGUCGUUACCUGGGGUAUGGAAUAACAUCGCUGGAAUUGGAAAUGAUCUAAAGAAAAAGAAUAUCCAAGUUCAAACUGUGUUAGACAAACGAAUAGUAAAUAAUGGUGUUAUAUGGAGAUGUGGGCUCACCCCGGAUGGCUCUUUCACAGUAAAUGCUCUUAGAUCAAGAUGGGACUAUCGGACUCCAUUAACCAACAAAAAUUUCCACUGGAUAAAAGAAAUCCCACUGAAAGUCUCUUGCUUUAUUUGGAGAGCACAAUGGGGCAGAAUCCCAACAGCUAAGGAGUUAGUAAAAAGAGGGGUAAACAUGGAAAAUUUAACUUGCCAGAUGUGCAAUGUGAAGGAAGAAACCGCUGAUCAUAUUCUUGUAGAUUGUGCUUAUGCAAAGAAGGUCAUGGAAGGAGUAAUGAGAUGGUGCAAGGUGCAUACUCACAUGGAAGAUCUCCAAGCGGUGUCGGAUGUCCUGAACCUUGCCAAUAAAUGGGGAACGUGUACUAAAAAGCGGAAGAUAUUUCUGGUAAUCUGUUAUUCCACACUAUGGAGAAUCUGGAUUGCAAGAAAUGAAAAAGUCUUCAAAAGGAACCGGCUACCACCCGAAAAAGUCAUCGAAUAUGUCAAAUUAGUAACCUUUCUUUGGGUGAAGAACAAGGGAAUCAAGAUGAAUUUAAUCUGGGCAAAUUGGUCUCAAUGCCCUUUUUUCUUUUAG